CGGCUGGAGGGAAGAAGCGGGUUGGCGGCCCCAGAACGGGCGGUCAUGUGACCGGGAAGAUGGCCGUCUUUCCCUGGCAUUCCAGGAACAGGAACUACAAGGCUGAAUUUGCAUCAUGCCGAUUGGAAGCUGUGCCGUUGGAGUUUGGGGACUAUCACCCCCUGAAACCUAUAACUGUCACAGAAUCAAAGACAAAGAAAGUGAGCCGUAAGGGGAGCACCUCGUCCACGUCUUCCUCCUCCUCCAGUUCCGUGGUGGACCCACUGAGCAGCGUCCUCGAUGGCACUGAUCCCCUCUCCAUGUUUGCAGCUACUGCUGACCCCAGUACCAUGGCAGCCACCACGGACCACUCCAGGAAGAAACGGGAUAGAGAUGAUAACUCUGUUGUUGGAUCGGAUUUUGAACCUUGGGCCAACAAACGGGGAGAAAUCCUUGCCCGGUAUACAACUACAGAGAAGCUGUCUAUUAAUCUGUUCAUGGGAUCUGAAAAAGGCCGAUCAGGGACCACCACAUCCGCAAUGUCAGAGAAGGUCCGGACCCGGUUGGAGGAGCUGGAUGACUUUGAGGAGGGAUCCCAGAAGGAGCUGCUGAAUCUGACUCAGCAGGAUUAUGUGAACCGCAUAGAAGAGCUCAACCAGUCGCUGAAGGACGCUUGGGCCUCGGACCAGAAAGUGAAGGCUCUAAAAAUAGUCAUCCAGUGUUCAAAGCUUCUUUCGGAUACAAGUGUAAUUCAGUUCUACCCAAGCAAGUUUGUCCUUAUCACAGACAUCCUCGAUACAUUUGGCAAGCUUGUCUACGAGCGCAUCUUCUCCAUGUGUGUGGAUAAUCGCAGUGUCUUACCAGAUCACUUUUCUCCAGAGAAUGUAAAUGACACGGCCAAGGAAACAUGCCUAAAUUGGUUUUUCAAGAUUGCUUCCAUCAGGGAACUCAUUCCGAGAUUUUACGUGGAGGCAUCUAUCCUGAAGUGUAACAAGUUCCUCUCCAAAACGGGAAUUUCAGAGUGCCUGCCCCGGCUGACGUGCAUGAUCAGAGGCAUCGGAGACCCACUGGUGUCGGUGUACGCCCGGGCCUACCUGUGCCGGGUGGGAAUGGAAGUGGCUCCACAUCUCAAGGAAAGCCUAAAUAAGAACUUUUUUGACUUCCUCCUUACAUUUAAACAGAUCCAUGGGGAUACGGUCCAGAACCAGCUGGUGGUCCAGGGAGUGGAGCUGCCAUCCUACCUCCCCUUGUACUCGCCCGCCAUGGACUGGAUCUUCCAGUGCAUUUCCUACCAUGCCCCGGAGGCUCUGCUGACUGAGAUGAUGGAGAGAUGUAAGAAACUAGGAAACAAUGCCUUGCUGCUGAAUUCCGUAAUGUCAGCUUUCCGGGCAGAGUUCAUUGCCACGAGGUCUAUGGAUUUCAUCGGCAUGAUUAAAGAGUGCGAUGAGUCUGGCUUCCCCAAGCAUCUCCUUUUUCGCUCAUUGGGAUUAAACUUGGCCUUGGCUGAUCCUCCUGAGAGUGAUCGACUUCAGAUUCUCAAUGAAGCUUGGAAAGUUAUCACUAAAUUAAAGAAUCCACAGGACUACAUUAAUUGCGCCGAAGUGUGGGUAGAAUACACCUGCAAACAUUUCACGAAACGAGAGGUGAAUACCGUUUUGGCAGAUGUCAUCAAGCACAUGACACCAGAUCGUGCAUUUGAAGAUUCUUACCCUCAGCUUCAGUUAAUAAUUAAGAAAGUUAUUGCCCACUUCCAUGAUUUCUCAGUUCUUUUCUCAGUGGAAAAAUUUCUGCCGUUUCUGGACAUGUUCCAAAAAGAGAGUGUGCGGGUAGAGGUUUGCAAAUGCAUCAUGGAAGCCUUUAUCAAGCACCAGCAAGAGCCCACCAAGGACCCUGUCAUUCUGAAUGCACUUUUGCACGUUUGCAAGACCAUGCAUGACUCCGUGAAUGCACUCACUCUGGAAGAUGAGAAAAGAAUGCUGGCAUAUUUGAUUAAUGGAUUUAUAAAAAUGGUUUCCUUUGGCCGUGAUUUUGAACAACAGCUAAGUUUUUAUGUCGAGUCCAGGUCGAUGUUUUGCAAUCUAGAACCCGUUCUUGUGCAGUUGAUUCAUAGCGUGAACCGGUUGGCAAUGGAAACAAGAAAAGUAAUGAAAGGAAAUCAUUCCCGAAAGACAGCUGCAUUUGUCCGGGCCUGUGUUGCCUACUGCUUCAUCACCAUUCCUUCGCUGGUGGGAAUCUUCACGCGUCUCAAUCUCUACCUGCAUUCUGGUCAGGUGGCCUUGGCCAACCAGUGCCUCUCCCAAGCUGAUGCUUUUUUCAAAGCCGCUAUAAGCCUUGUUCCAGAAGUUCCGAAGAUGAUUAAUAUUGAUGGAAAAAUGCGGCCGUCGGAAUCAUUCCUUCUGGAAUUCCUCUGCAAUUUCUUUUCUACUUUAUUAAUAGUUCCGGAUCAUCCCGAACGUGGGGUCCUGUUUCUCGUUCGAGAGCUUCUCAAUGUGAUCCAGGACUAUACCUGGGAGGACAAUAGUGAUGAUAAAAUCCGUAUCUACACCUGCGUGCUGCACCUCCUGUCCGCCAUGAGCCAGGAGACCUAUCUCUACCACAUCGACAAAGUGGACUCUAACGACAACCUCUACGGGGGCGACUCCAAGUUCCUGGCUGAAAACAACAAGCUGUGCGAGACGGUGAUGGCUCAGAUCCUGGAGCAUCUGAAAACCCUGGCCAAGGAUGAGGCCCUGAAGCGCCAGAGCUUGCUGGGUCUCUCCUUCUUCAACAGCAUCUUGGCCCAUGGCGACCUGCGCAACAACAAGCUCAACCAGCUCUCUGUCAACCUGUGGCACCUGGCACAGAGGCACGGCUGUGCAGAUACCAGGACUCACUCCAGGGACCUCUCGCAAGUGAAAACCCUGGAGUAUAUCAAGAAGCAAAGCAAACAACCAGACAUGAGUCACCUGACUGAGCUGGCCCUCAGACUCCCUCUGCAAACAAGGACCUGACCUCUAAGCCUGUCUCCGGUGGGGACUCUGGUGCCAAGUGUGAAAGGCCCAGCUUUGCCAUUCUGAAUGCUUAUUGGAAUUUAGUUUUGGUUUUUAUCUUAUUUUUAUAUAUAUACAAAUUGGUUGAAUCUCUGGCCUCUACCUGAGUUACUCUGACAGUGCAGAAGUGAGAACCGUCAGGGCAUUAAAUUAAUCCACCAGUGUCUUAGUGAUUCCCUGCACACGUGGCUCUCAGGUUCUUGGUAAAGCCCCAGACGAGGGCCAGGUGGGUGUUUAGCAAGAGCGAAGCAAGAGAACAUAAGUAACAUUUUUCUUUUCUAGGAAAUGUUUGCUUUUUCAUGGUUUUGAAAAGAACUUUGAAAAGCAGUCCACUUACAAAGUUCCACUGUGCCAGGUACAGUCAGUUUCAGACGGUGUACGCUCAUGUUAGAGAGUCCCCAAAUCUGGGAUUUGUAUCACUUAAUUAACUCCUUUCCUAUCAAACGCAGCUCUUGACUAGAUCUAGAAUAUAUUAGUGGAAGGAGAAAGGUCAAAUUCCGAGUUUCACUCUGGUUUCAGUGGAAAAUAUGCUGUAACUGAAUAAAUGACCUCAAGCAACA